CAAAAACAAAAAUAAUCGUAGACAAGAGAGAAGAUAAACAUGUCGAAUACAUUCACGAUGAUCGGCGGUGAAGGCCCUAACAGUUACCAACAACAUUCGAAAUACCAGGGAGCAUUGCUUGAAGCUGCAAAGGAGAAGAUCAAUGAAGCCAUCUCCACAAAACUCGAUAUCCAUCUCACUUCAAAUCUCGUUAACAUAGCAGAUUUCGGUUGUUCCACAGGACCUAACACUUUCGCCGCCGUACAAACCAUAGUAGAUGCCGUGGAACACAAGUAUCAAAAAGACAUUGAGUUCCAAGUUUUCUUCAAUGAUUCUUCAUCUAACGAUUUCAACACUCUCUUCAAGAUACUUCCUCCGGCUAGAAAAUAUUACGCAACCGGUGUUCCGGGUUCUUUCUUUGGUCGUGUUCUUCCUAAGAACAUUUUCCAUGUGGGAGUUUCUUCUUACUCACUCCAUUUCGUAUCCAAGAUUCCCAACGAAGUUAAAGAUCGUGAUUCUCCGGUGUGGAACAUGGACAUACAUUGCACCGGAUUCUCAAAAAAGGUAGCCAACUUGUAUCUUGAUCAAUACAAGAUCGAUGUGGGGAGUUUCUUGAACGCGAGAGCUCAAGAAAUCGUAUCUGGUGGAUUGCUAUUGCUUCUUGGAUCAUGUCUACCAAAUGGAGUUCAAAUGUCCGACACCGUUAUUGGAAUGAUGAUAGAUUUCAUUGGAUCUUCUCUUAAUGAAAUCGCUAAACAGGGUCUAACUGAUCAAGAAAAUCUCAAAUUGCCUAUAUAUCUUGCACAUGCGGAUGAGUUGAAGCGAAUCAUCGAGGAGAACAGAUGUUUCACAACUGAAGUAUUCGAAAUAAUUAGCCAUGCCAAGGGAGAGUAUCCGUUAGACCCAGAGUAUUUGACGAAGACGUUUAAGGUCACAAUUGGAGGAUCUGUAGCUUCACCAUUUGGGCAAGAUGUGAUGGAGAAAACAUAUGAGCUUGUGAAAAAGAAAACGCAAGAAAUGCUUCCUCAAAUAGCCAAAGCCGAACCCGGAAUGCAAUACCCCAUUGUGUUUCGAAAAAUUUGAUUUCAUGAUCAGUGUAGAUCUAUGAUGUACUUUGAAAUAGAUUUAAGGAAAUUUAGUUAAAUUGUCUCAAAAGCUACAGGAAAACAAUACAAUAAGUGAAUUGAAA